AUGUGCAUCGCCGUCAUUACCACCGCGCACCCGCAGUACCCCUUCAUCCUCCUCAACAACCGCGAUGAAUAUCUCCACCGCCCCACCGCCCCCGCGCAGUGGUGGGCAGAGCCGCACUCACACGUCCUGGGCGGCUACGACCUGCACCGGCCAGUCCACGGCACCUGGCUGGGCAUCACGCGCCAGGGCCGCAUCGCCGUGCUGACCAACUUCCGCGAGGAGGGCGCCGCCAUCAUCCAGGACGAGCGCAGCCGCGGCGCCAUCCCCCUCGCCUGGCUCAAGUCGCCGCCCGCCGCCGACGAGAGCACCGCCGACUUCGCCCAGCGCCUCGUCGACGAGGGCACGCUCAAGCACGUCGGCGGCUUCAGCAUGCUGUACGGCCGCCUGCAGGACGUGGUCAAGAAGCACCGGCGCGAUCCCGCCGCGACGACAAACGGGGACGGCCCCAGCCACGACCAGGCCGGCCUCGCCGUCGUGUCCAACCGCACGCCCGACGUCAAGGGCCUGGUCUGGCUGGCCGGCGAGCCCGGCGCGACCCACGCCCUGAGCAACUCGCACUACGGCGAUAACUCGUGGCCGAAGAUCGUGCAGGGCGAGGCCGGCCUGCGCGCCGCCGUCGACGACCACGCCAACGCCGGCGAGCCGCAGGAUGCGCUGCUGGAGCGCCUCUUUGCCGUGCUGAGCGCCGACACCAUGCCCCGCCAGCGCAACGGCGAGGGCUGGGAGACGUACCUGCGCCAGUUGCGGAACAGCAUCUUCAUCCCCGGCAUCGGCCACGACGCCGAGAUGACGGAGAAGCCGGCCGAUGCCGUGGCUGCGGCCACCGGCGUGGAGUCGGUCAGCGCGACGAGUGGCAUCUACGGCACGCAGAAGCAGACGGUGAUCCUGGUGGACCGGGAGGGGAAGGUCACGUUCGUGGAGAGGACCCUGUAUGACGAUGAUGGGAAGCCGGUCAAGGGCGGGAAGGAAGACCGGCGGUUCGACUUCCAGAUCGAGGGGUGGUGA